AUGGCAAUAGUGUUUAAGGUGUUUGAUUGGACCCAAGAAGGUCCAGAUUCAAAUUCAUCAUUAGCCAUGGGAACUCACUUAGCCAGUAAAGGACCAGAAACCCUUUAUGCUGGGCAAAAACUCAAUGAUAAUGAGUGGCACACAGUCCGUGUGGUACGCCGAGGAAAGAGCCUCAAACUUACAGUUGAUGAUGAUGUUGCCGAAGGUACAAUGGUUGGUGACCACACUCGCUUGGAGUUCCACAACAUUGAGACUGGGAUAAUGACAGAGAAGCGUUACAUCUCUGUCAUUCCUUCCAGCUUCAUUGGCCACCUUCAGAGCCUCAUGUUCAAUGGCCUUCUCUACAUUGACUUAUGCAAGAAUGGAGACAUUGACUAUUGUGAAUUGAAAGCCCGAUUUGGGCUCCGUAACAUCAUUGCUGAUCCUGUUACCUUCAAGACCAAGAGCAGCUAUCUGAGCCUAGCAACCUUGCAGGCCUAUACCUCCAUGCAUCUCUUCUUCCAGUUCAAGACAACGUCUGCCGAUGGUUUCAUCCUUUUCAACAGUGGGGAUGGAAAUGAUUUCAUUGCAGUUGAGCUGGUCAAGGGGUAUAUCCAUUAUGUGUUUGACCUUGGAAAUGGACCUAAUGUUAUCAAGGGCAAUAGUGAUCGCCCAUUGAAUGACAACCAGUGGCACAAUGUAGUUAUCACCAGAGACAACAGCAACACCCAUAGCCUAAAAGUGGAUACCAGGGUUGUUACUCAGGUCAUCAAUGGUGCCAAAAACCUUGACCUUAAGGGCGACCUGUACAUUGCUGGACUGGCUCAAGGAAUGUAUAGCAAUCUCCCAAAGCUGGUAGCAUCCAGAGAUGGAUUUCAGGGCUGCCUAGCAUCAGUGGACUUGAAUGGACGUCUACCAGAUCUCAUUAAUGAUGCUCUGCACCGCAGCGGACAGAUUGAGCGGGGAUGUGAAGGACCAAGCACCACCUGUCAAGAAGAUUCCUGCGCCAACCAAGGCAUCUGUAUUCAGCAGUGGGAAGGCUUCACUUGCGAUUGUUCCAUGACAUCAUAUUCUGGAAAUCAGUGCAAUGACCGUGAGUACCACUUUUUACAAUAA